AGAAUGGCUGCUCGAUUUGCCAGAGGGUUUGUGAAUCGAAAUCCACGGAACAAUGAACUUAUGGGAAGACAAGCGCCGAACACAGGUUAUCAAUUUGAAAAGGACCGUGCUGCUCGAAGUUACAUUUAUAAAGUAGAGCUUGUGGAAGGAAAAUCCCAUCGUGAAGGCCGCCUUGUACAUUAUCAAGAUGGAGUUGUAAUCAGUGCUUCAACAAAAGAACCUUCAAUUGCCAGUCAGCUAUACAGUAAAACUGAUACAUCUGCUGCAUUGAAUAUUGGACGAGUUUUGGCCCUUCGUUGUCUUCAAUCUGGAAUUCACUUUGCUAUGCCUGGAGCAACUAAAGAAGCUAUCGAGAAGAGCCAACAUCAAACACACUUCUUCAAAGCUCUGGAAGAGGAAGGUCUCACACUAAAAGAACCGGCCCACGUGGAACAUUCCUAUGAGACAGACAAAACAUUCACAUGGAAGAGGUACCCACAGAAGCCAACACGUCAGGAUAAACUCGACGAGCUAUAAUUAUCCUGCACUUCUAAAAAACGUUUUUAUUGUAGAAAUAGUUUAUGACCUUCAAUUGUUUUGUUCUCUCCCUUGUUCUUGUUUCGUCUCUUUCAACUUUUAUUAGAGUGAAAAAAAAA